UGCAUGAUGGGCAUGCCCAGCCUAGCCCAGCCCCUAGAGCACAGCAGCUCCGUAUUUCUUUUGUUUUCUAUGAAUCUGAGAAGAAACUGACGAUGGAGUUGAAGAGUUAGUAGAUGAAGCUGGUUGAUUAGAAUGGCUGGUUAAGAUGUUCUCAGAAUACAGGAUUCAUCCAGCUCUGCUUCUCCUGCUUUACUGUCUGCUGUGCUCAGCUGGAGAAGAGGUUGUCAGACUGCAGGAGCUGGAGGGAAACACUGUGACCAUCCAUACUGGAUUAACUGGAGUUCAGAGUGAUGCUCACAUACUGUGGUUCUAUAGAUCUGAGAAUACAGAUAUAAAGAUAGUGAAUAGUCUGAUCAUUAGAGGAGAGAUUAUUACAGACUAUUACAGUGAGAGAUUCAGAGACAGACUGCAGCUGAACAGAACCAGUGGAUCUUUAACCAUCAGGAACAUCAGCAGAGAAGAUUCUGGAGUUUAUAAACUACACAUCAUUACUGGAAUAUCCUCAGUCUGGAGUUUCAGUGUUGAUGUCUAUGCUCCAGUAUUAAAGCCAGUCAUAAGAAAUCAAGCUGAAAAGCGCUCAGUGACUCUCAGAGAGUCGUGUUCUCCUCUGUGCUCUGUGGAGAAUGGGAAGGAUGUGAGUUUGUCCUGGUAUGAAGAGAAAGAGAGAAUCUCCAGCAUCAGCAGCUCAGAUUCCAGUGAACGUCUUUAUCUUCCUCUGAAUAAAACCAACCCAGACUGUUCUACUUACACCUGUGUAGCUGCUAAUCCAGUCAGCACUCAGACAACCCAGCUCGACAUUACAAACAUCUGCUGUAAGUCAGUCUCAGGUACGAAAGGUCCUAGAGAUCCCUCCAAAUCACUGGCUGCUGUUCUGACACCUGUUGGUCUGAUUGUUGCUCUAUCAAUUUUAUUUGUGUGGAUCUGGAAAAAGAAGACAAAGCAACAAGGCAAGAGAUACAGCUGGUUUUACAACAUCAGUUGUCUUUCAUUAUUUUAUUAUCAUUAUUAGUUUUUUGUUUGUUUGCUAUUUUGUUUUAUACAUAGCACAAUAUACUGUCCUGUCUUUUGUCUGCAGCUUGUGAAGACGCUGAGCUGAAUUAUGCUGAAGUGAAAACUAAACCUCACAGUUCAAAUGAAGCUCAUGAGGUAAACAGAGCUGGAGGGACAGAAGUUCAAGACCAGACUGAGCCAGUGGUGUACUCUCCUAUCAGGACGUAACUCUGUAUUUCAGCAUCAGAAUAUCCUCUUUAAUUAUAUUUUACAUUUUUAGCCCAUUACUGCCUUCUUUUCCUCAGUAUUCAACCUGCUAGCUGUUUAAAACUAGCCACAAGCAUUAACUGUAUUUGUGUAUUUGUGCUGUGUUCCUUGUUUAGGGUAUGAAUUUCAUGAAAACAUUUCAUUCUGAACAACUAUAAACUGGCAUUUCAGUA